GUCGGGUGAGCAACAGACACAAAAAACAAAACAAAACAGCAACUGGUUGAGAGACAUUCAAGCUCCAGGAGGGCAACGACAGACUGCCUUAUGUGUGGCUCCUCUCAAGGCUUUAAAGCCCCCUCCUCUGAAUGCACCCCAGCUAUGUUAACCUCAGAAGAGCCUCCACGYAGUAUCAGAGUCACCAUGUCAGGGACACAGGAUGUAGAUAUGAGAUCGUGGAGCGAGGACGACUUUGAGGAGAAGUGCCCGUACAUCGUGAAGGAUCAGCCUCUGGAAGACGAGUCCAAAAGCCACAGCAAGACGCGAGCCGAGAGGUCCCUGCCCAGAAACCUCGCACUGAAACGCAGCCACGGCUCGACGGAGGUGCUCGGGGUGAUAAGUAAGGAGUUGAUUCCCAAAGGGACGUGUUUUGGCCCUUUUGUCGGGGAAAGCUACACCAACGAAACUCUGCCAAAAAACGCUGACCGAAGAUACUUUUGGAGGGUAUUCGCCGAGGGGCAGUUACACCACAUCCUGGAUGGUUUGAACGAGGAGCAGAGCAACUGGAUGCGCUACGUCAACCCAGCACGUUCUGCAGAGGAGCAGAAUCUGGUCGCGUGCCAGAGUGGCUUGGACAUCUUCUUCUACACUAUUAAGCCACUGCAGCUCGGCCAGGAGCUCCUGGUGUGGUACUGCUCUGAGUUCGCCGAGCGCUGUAAAUACCCUCCACUGGGCCAACUGACUGUUGAGAAAAAGGAACAGAAUCAAGCUUGUGCAAGGACAAAAGAGAAACGAGGGCACAGUGUCUCUGAAAUUCUCCGCGACGAACCCCCCAAAUCUAAACGCCCAAGACUUCUGGACAAUUCCAUGAAUCAGACCACCUCAGUUUUCCCCUCAUGUUCCGGCAUCUUCUACCCAAUCCAGCCCAACUCAGCUUCCGUCCAUGGCCACGGAUACGCUUCUUUAGCAUCUCUACAGUCCUUCAGCUCAGCAGCUGCCAAAAGCCCAGCCCUAAAUAGUUUAAUCCCCACCAGUCUGCACCACACCUUUCGGCACAGUCGAGACCCCAUGAAAACCAAACUUUACCAAGAACCCUCUGUGCCUGAUCAUGUUCACUCUGCUCGUCUCAGCAAUCCCUAUCAGCUGCCUCGCUACCCUCUUGGCCUUCUACCACAUUCACCCCCAUUCUACAGUGAUCCACUUAAACCACACUUGCCCAUGCCAUCUAAUUUCCCACCUUUUGACACAUAUGCACACGUUUUACAUCCUCUGGCAGGUGGAUACAAAGACCUGUCACUUGCACCGUCCAUUUCCAAACAAGACCUCACUCUUUCACCAAUCGGUGAGCACAACAACAGCUUCAUUUCCCAAAAGACAAACUACCUCAAGAAUCCCUCAAAUGACCUCAGAGACUUCAAACACUCUGCUUGUUGCAGCAUUGACUCAGACCUCACUAUUACUACGAAGGGCAGCUCUCCCCUCAUUGACCAUGAAGUCCAAAGAGCACCCUCACAUGGGGCAUGCUCGCCACCUACGAGCGUGGCUGCCUCUUCAAACUACCUUCCUUCCAUAUCUACCUCUGCCAAUCAGGACAAUACUGAAGAUGCACUGGACCUCAGGCGGACAAAGAGAGAAGAAGGGCAGUUCAUUGGCUACAAGACCUUGUCUUACCCUCUCCCCAGGCAAAACGGAAAGAUUCGGUAUGAAUGCAACAUUUGUAGAAAGGUCUUCGGGCAGCUGUCCAAUCUUAAGGUCCAUCUACGAGUGCACAGUGGUGAGCGUCCCUUCAGGUGUCAAACCUGUAACAAGAACUUCACUCAGCUGGCACACCUGCAAAAACACUACCUGGUCCACACAGGAGAGAAGCCUCAUGAGUGCAAGGUGUGCCACAAGAGAUUUAGCAGCACUAGCAACUUGAAAACCCACCAGCGGCUACACUCGGGGGAAAGGCCUUACCAAUGCAAGCUCUGCCCAGCUCGCUUUACACAAUUCAUCCACCUGAAGCUCCACAAACGCUUACACACAGGCGAGCGCUCCCACCACUGCCCUCGCUGCACCUGCGCCUAUCUCCACUACUGCAGCCUACAAGUGCACCUCCGAGGCUUCUGCCCUCUGUCCCCCUCAGCGUCCCGCCGCCUCUCACCAGAGGAACUGCAUCGGAUCAACUCGGAGAUAGAGAGGUUCGAUCUGAGCGAAGCCGCAGAGCAGCUCGAACUCAUGGCUGCAGAGGUCAAGAUGGACAAGGGCAAUAUCAUCGACCUAAUUCAGAAGAUAGAGACUCGCGUCUCAAGCCUGCAAGACGGCGCCAGGGGGAAAACUGAGCUGGAGUGUGCUGAUGCUCUGCUGCAUCACGGCAGUCCUGUACGCCUGCGGCCAACAAGCAUCAAGCUGGAGUCGGGCUGCGUAUCAGAGACUUAAGGCUGACUUGCUAAUCCAACCAAAUAAUCUUUAGAGGCCAACUCAGCAUCUGUCUGUCACUGUGCUAUCUGAAGUAAAGCCUUAUUUUUUCAUAUAUAUGUUCAGGAACCUCGAAGAGUCGACUUCUGCAGUAUGGCCUGCGUGAAGUGACUCGACUGAUUUAAUGUCUACAUCUUUGUUAAUUUAUUCAGUUGCUAAUUUUGAUUUUAAUUUGUAUAAAAUUGCAGAAUUAUUUUAUUUUCUACUGUUUUUUUAAUCUACUGAUCAUGAGUGAUUAUGCAUAGAAAAACAACCUGUGUUUGGAGUGUCACUGUGUGAGACGAAGUAUUCCCGUCCGAGUCCGUAUUUAUGUUGCCUGAUUAAAAAUUUACUGUACAAGUGUGACUGUUUAUGGUGUCAGUGGGCAAAGCGCCGGAGUGACAAUGCAGGGGAAACCUCAAUUGUUCACGCACUGCAUAUAUGCUUACCUCUGCGAGKGUGCGCUCUGCUGAUGUGGGGAGUGAUGCAGAUAAACAUCCUGUUAUGAGUUGUAAGUCUCGGGAUGUGCACGCCCAGUCAUCAGAUCUUCACACUGGAAGAAAAAAUAAAUAAAACCCACAGAUUAAAACUGUC